AUGCGCCUGCUGCUCCGCUGCCUGCGCCCGGGCCCGCGGCGCCGCUCCGGGCUCCUGCGGCGCGCGGGGCACCUCUGGCGCUACGGGCGCCUCUGCCUCCGCUCCCUGCUCUACAACUCCUUCACCGACGGCGACGUGCUGCUCGACUCGCUCUUCGAGCCCGUCUACUGGCUGGUGGACCACGUCACGCGCUGGUUCGGCGUGGUGUUUGUGGUGCUGGUGAUCGGGCUGACGAGCUCCGUCGUGGCCAUCGUGUACAUCUGCCUGCUGCCCCUCAUCCUGCAGACCUACCCGCCUGCCUGGAUCUGCUGGCACCUGGCCUACGGCCACUGGAACCUCCUCAUGAUCGUCUUCCACUACUACAUGGCCAUCACCACCUCCCCCGGGUACCCGCCGCAGGCCAAGGAUGAUCUCACCGGCGUCUCCAUCUGCAGGAAAUGCAUCGCUCCCAAGCCAGCUCGCACCCAUCACUGCAGCAUCUGCAACAGGUGUGUGCUGAAGAUGGACCAUCACUGCCCCUGGCUCAACAACUGCGUGGGCCACUUCAACCAUCGCUACUUCUUCUCCUUCUGCCUCUUCAUGACCAUGGGCUGCAUCUACUGCAGCGUCAGCGGCUGGGACAUGUUCCGGGACGCCUACGCAGCCAUCGAGAGAAUGAAACUGCUUGAGAAGGAGAGACUGCAGGUGGCUGCCAACCAGACCUACUACCAGACCCCGCCGCCCGCCUUCUCCUUCCGCCAGCGGGCUUUCCACAAGAGCAUAGUCUACCUCUGGGUGCUGUGCAGCUCGGUGGCGCUGGCCCUGGGCGCCCUCACGCUGUGGCACGCCGCCCUCAUCACCCGCGGCGAGACCAGCAUCGAGAGGCACAUCAACAAGAAGGAGAGGCAGAGGCUGCAGAAGAAGGGCAAGGUGUUCCGGAACCCCUACAGCUACGGUGGCUGGAAUAACUGGAAGGUUUUCCUGGGAGUGGACGUGCCAAGGCACUGGCUCACGCGGGUCCUGCUGCCCUCUCCUCACCUGCCGCACGGAACAGGCCUGAGCUGGGACCUCCCUCCCUGCGUGCGGGAGCAGCGGGCGCCGCUCCUGGCCAUCUGAACGGGAGCUGGGGCCUGGCUGCUGCAGCCCUCCCUGCCCUGCAGGCAGGGGAGCACAAAGCCAGCCCGGGCAGCGGGCUGAAGGCUCGUGCUGGCACACGCUGCCAGCUGGAGCCAGAACCGGGCGGGCUCUUUGCACAGCAYCAGCGCCGGUGCUCCCGGCUCCUUGGUGGCUGCAGGCAGCCCCAUCGUGGGGGGCACCAGCUGCAGAGAGCCCCACAGCGGGCUGGGGUGCCAGCUGCUGCCCUUGCUGCGCACAGGUACAGGCCAGGACCUGGCCCAGCCUGGCGAGGCGGGCGUGGAGGACCGCGUAUUGCCCCCCCCAUGCACUGGCUGGGGAGCCUUUUUACAAAUGUAAGAAUAUCCAAUAAAGAGUUGUUGUUUUUUUUAA